AGCCAACAUUUAGAUCUGACUCUACCCAAACUCUUUUGGUUCAUCCCAACAUUCCCCACUUGUCCAACUAUUAUUGAGUAGUUUUUGGAUAUCAAACAGACCUCUCCAGAAGGUAAUUUUAAUGUGGCCAAUUUCCCCUCUUUUGAAAUCAAUUUCACUAUUGCACUCGCUGCUUUAGCUAAUUGUUCGCCUUUUCCAAGUGUGAUUUCUAUGUUAUCCCCCAUUUGAGUCCGAUUUGAACAUUCGGGGAACCCGGCAGAUUCCAAUUCCCUCUCUCAUUUUUAAUUUUAUACCCAUCUCCAUCUCUAUUCUCCAACUCAAACCGCAUUGCUUAGAAGCCAGAUUUCUCCAUCACUAACUACCAUGACUGCUUCUGGUGGGAGUUCUGCAGAUGGGAAGAAAUCUCUUUCCGAUCUUGCUCCUCUGGAAGCAGUGUUUUUUGACGUUGAUGGAACUUUGUGUGAUUCGGACCCUCUUCACCUUUAUGCCUUUCAAGUAUUGCUUCAAGAGAUUGGUUUUAAUAAUGGCGUCCCAAUUACAGAGGAAUUCUUUAUCCAAAAUAUUGCUGGGACGCACAAUGAUCAUAUUGCCGAGUUUCUCUUCCCCACAGAUAUUCCAAGAGGCUUGAAGUUCAUUGAGGAUAAGGAAGCAAUGUUUCAGAGAUUGGCCUCAGAGAAGUUGGAGGCUAUAAAUGGCUUGUAUAAAGUGAAGAAAUGGAUUGAAGAUCAUGGAUUGAAGCGGGCAGCUGUUACCAAUGCUCCUAAACCAACUGCUGAACUGAUGAUCGACAAACUUGGCCUUUCAGAAUUUUUUGAUACUGUUGUUAUAGGAGGCGAAUGCGAGCAUGCCAAGCCUCACCCAGACCCCUACUUGAAGGCACUUGAAGUGCUCAAGGUGUCAAAGGAUCACACAUUUAUAUUUGAGGAUUCUGUGUCUGGGAUAAGGGCUGGAGUUGCAGCAGGCAUGCCUGUUGUGGGUUUAACCACCAGAAAUCCAGAAGAUGUACUUAUGAAAGCGAAUCCUACCUUUCUUAUAAAGGACUACGAUGAUCCAAAAUUACUGGCAGCUUUGGAAGAGCUUGAUAAAAAAGGAGGUUCUGCAGAAAAUGCAGCUUGAAUGUUUCAUGGCAUAAAUUUUUAAAAUGGUUAGGAGUUUCUUUUCUCUAUCUGAACUGAAAUGAAUAAUUGUCUAGAGGCUGUAGGUCACCUC